UUCCUUUCUAGAUUUGCAUUCAGCAUGCAUGCAUGCACUGGUGGCAUUUCAGUAAGAGCGUGCAUUAUGGAUACAUGCAUAGAUAUUUGAUAUUAUAGGCUAAAUCAGGAUUUUUUUGUGUAUUAUAUAAGCACUUCGGUGAGUGGUAGCCUACAAAAGUGCGAGAAUCCUGCCUUUGGAUGGCGCUGAUUCACACAGAUUGCACUUAUUUGGCCACAUUUGGAUUUUACUUCUUAAUGCUAUUGCAAGGGCAGCACAACAACCUAAAAUACCUAAUGUGAUCAGCCUGGUGAUAGAUAUAUUUAAAAAAAAAAAAAAAAAAAGAAAGAAAUGGUGAUAGCUUGAGUUGAUGUGUCAAUAUGGGCCUGGAAUAUUUUGCCACUUUGUUGGAAUAUCAGCUAUUCCUAUAAUGCUGUGUUUUUAUGAAAGCACUCAGUGACGCACACAGAAUGAAUGCUCAUACUACACAAUGAAGGGUGCAUAAAGAAAUAGAAAUCCAUUCUCUGAUAUUUUUCUGAGCUGUCGCUUGUGCACAGGUGAGUAUCGGGAUAGCGAUUGGCGCUCGGUGUAUCGGUGCAUCCCUGGCUGCAGUGUGCAGUGGAGUCGGUGAGGGGCGGACAGAGCGGGUGUGGUAGGCAGCAGCUUUCUCUCUCUCCACAAAUAACCUCCUUUACAUCGUCGUCCACUUCUCCUUCAGUGCAGGAUCGUCUGGUUUUUUUCCCCCCCGUGCCUUAGGUUAACCCAGAAGCUGCUUUUUUCCCCCUCUGUCUCUUUUACACGACAGAAAAACAGGCUCCGCCGAGACAAAAUCCGCCCUACUGCAGCAUUCUGGUUUUGAUUUUUGGUGGACAGUCAGUGCUGAGAUCCUCUGGAUUGCAUGCGCAUUUUCAGUCCCCUGACCAUGUAGAGGAGGAAGUGUGUCCGAGAUGAGCUGUGUGACCUCGCUAAUGGUGCUUAACUAAGCUGCUCAACAGAUAUGCAAGCAUUUCGGUGAAAGCAAGAGCUCACUGCCCUGGAUGGUCCCUAACUAAAGAAGCAGUCGCUGCAGGAUGAAAACAUGGCUGCACCCCUUCUUGCACCGCCAGGACCUGACAGCUUCAGAUUGUUUACCUUGGAGACUCUGGCUAAUAUUGAAAAGCGUGUUGCUGAGGAGAAAGCCAAGCCUCCACCCAAGCCAGACAGCAGUUAUCGUGAUGAUGAUGAUGAAAACAAGCCCAAACCCAACAGUGACCUGGAAGCGGGCAAAAACCUGCCCUUCAUCUAUGGUGACAUCUCUCCUGGAAUGGUGGCGACACCACUGGAGGACAUCGACCCUUUCUACAUGAAUAAGAAAACAUUUAUAGUGAUAAACAAAGGGAAAACAAUAUUCCGCUUUAGUGCCACACCUUCCUUGUACAUUAUAAGUCCUUUUAAUAUUGUUAGGCGAAUAGCUAUUAAAAUUUUGAUACAUUCGUUAUUCAGCAUGAUCAUCAUGUGUACGAUUUUGACCAACUGUGUAUUCAUGACGUUUAGUAAUCCUCCAGAAUGGUCCAAACAAGUAGAGUACACAUUCACAGGAAUUUAUACGUUCGAAUCGGCCAUCAAAAUCAUCGCCCGCGGCUUCUGUAUAGACGACUUCACAUUCCUGAGAGAUCCAUGGAACUGGCUGGACUUCAUGGUCAUCUCAAUGGCAUAUAUAACAGAAUUUGUGGACCUGGGGAAUGUAUCUGCGCUGAGAACGUUCAGAGUUCUCCGAGCAUUGAAAACUAUCUCUGUCAUUCCAGGUCUAAAGACCAUCGUUGGCGCCUUGAUCCAGUCAGUGAAGAAGCUGUCGGAUGUGAUGAUCCUCACCGUGUUCUGUCUCAGCGUGUUCGCCCUCAUCGGUCUGCAGCUCUUCAUGGGGAACCUGCGGCACAAGUGUGUCAUCUGGCCCAUCAACAUCACUGAGUUAUACCAGGCCAACGGCAGCCACACCUUCGACUGGGACGAGUACAUCAUGAAUGAAACCAAUUUCUACAAACUCCCUGGCAGUCUGGAUGCUCUGUUAUGUGGGAACGGCUCCGAUGCUGGUCGUUGUCCUGAGGGCUACACAUGUAUGAAGGCUGGACGCAAUCCAAACUACGGCUACACCAGCUUUGACAGCUUUGGCUGGGCAUUUCUUGCUCUUUUCCGCCUCAUGACGCAGGACUUCUGGGAGAACUUGUACAUGCUGACUCUAAGGGCAGCAGGGAAGACCUACAUGAUCUUUUUCGUGCUGGUGAUCUUCGUGGGCUCCUUCUACCUGGUCAAUCUGAUCCUGGCUGUGGUGGCCAUGGCCUAUGAAGAGCAGAACCAGGCCACCAUGGAAGAAGCAGCACAGAAAGAGGAGGAAUUCAAAGCCAUGCUGGAACAGCUUAAGAAACAGCAAGAGGAAGCCCAGGCAAACGCCAUGGCCACAUCAGCAGGUACGGUGUCAGAGGAUGCAGCGGAGGAUGAUGGAGUGGAGAACUUGUCGUGUAGCUCCUCCGAGAUGUCCAAACUCAGUUCCAAGAGCGCCAAGGAGCGCAGGAACCGCAAGAAGAAGUGGAAGCAGAAGGAGCAGGACAGGGAAAAAGGGGACAGUGAGAAGUUUGUCAAAUCUGAAUCGGAUGAUGGCAGCAGGAAGAGGUUCCGUUUCCCUGACAACCGCUUAGGCCGAAGGUCCUCCAUCAUGAACCAGUCUCUCCUCAGCAUCCCUGGCUCGCCCUUCUUAUCACGCCACAACAGCAAGAGCAGCAUCUUCAGCUUCAAAGGCCGCUGCCGGGACGCUGGCUCUGAGAACGAGUUUGCAGAUGACGAGCACAGCACUGUGGAGGAGUGCGAUCAGAGACGUGGCUCGCUGUUUAGCCCGUACCGCCGCAGCAGCUACAGUGGCUACCAUGGCAAACACAACAGCACGGUGGACUGCAAUGGGGUUGUGUCUCUAAUCGGGCCUGGUCCGGGAGGACGCCUACUGCCUGAGGUGAUAAUAGAUAAGGCAGCUUCUGACGACAGCCCAACCACUGACAUUGAGAUCAAGAAGAAACUCUCAGGCUCUUUAAUGGUUUCUAUGGACCAACUCAAUGCUUCUUUUGGGCACAAAGAGCGAGCGAACAGCGUCAUGAGCGUCACCAAUACAUUAGUAGAGGAACUGGAGGAAUCGCAGAGAAAGUGUCCACCAUGCUGGUACAAGUUUGCCAACAACUUCCUUAUCUGGGAAUGCUGCCCCAUGUGGCUGAAGAUCAAAGAGAUUGUUAACCUGAUCGUGAUGGACCCCUUCGUAGACUUGGCUAUCACUAUAUGCAUCGUCCUCAACACUCUGUUCAUGGCCAUGGAGCACUACCCGAUGACGCCACACUUUGAACACGUGUUGUCUGUGGGCAACCUGGUAUUCACUGGAAUUUUCACUGCGGAAAUGGUGGCCAAGCUGGUUGCAAUGGACCCGUACUACUACUUCCAGGAGGGAUGGAACAUCUUUGAUGGUUUUAUUGUGAGCCUGAGCUUGAUGGAGCUUGGAUUAGCUGAUGUGGAGGGCCUGUCUGUGCUCAGAUCAUUCCGAUUGCUGCGAGUGUUUAAGCUGGCUAAGUCGUGGCCCACUUUGAACAUGCUGAUAAAGAUCAUUGGGAACUCAGUGGGUGCUCUGGGGAACCUGACUCUGGUCCUGGCCAUCAUUGUCUUCAUCUUUGCUGUGGUGGGCAUGCAGCUGUUUGGGAAGAACUACAGGGACUGUGUGUGUAAGAUUGCUGAAAGCUGCGAGCUCCCCCGUUGGCACAUGAAUGACUUCUUCCACUCGUUUCUGAUCGUGUUCCGUGUGCUGUGUGGAGAGUGGAUCGAGACGAUGUGGGACUGCAUGGAAGUGGCCGGUCAAGCCAUGUGUCUCAUCGUGUUUAUGAUGGUCAUGGUUAUCGGAAACUUAGUGGUGCUGAAUCUGUUCCUUGCCUUGCUGCUGAGCUCAUUCAGUGCAGACAACCUGGCGGCCACGGAUGAUGAUGGAGAGAUGAACAACCUGCAGAUCUCUGUUAACCGUAUCAAGAGAGGCAUAGCCUGGGUAAAGGCCAAAAUCCGUCAGUUAGUGCGUGUUAUCCUCCGGAGGCAGGUGGUGGAUGAGGCCAAGCCUCUGGACGAGCUGUAUGACAAGAAACUGAACUGCAUCGCCAACCACACGGACCUCAACCGUGAGUUGGAUUACCAGAAAGACGCCAACGGCACCACCAGUGGCAUCGGCAGCAGUGUGGGCAGGUACAUGAUCGACGAGGACCACAUGUCCUUCAUCCACAACCCCAAUCUGACCGUAUGUGUGCCCAUCGCGGCAGGGGAGUCCGACUUUGAAAAUCUGAACACGGAGGACUUCAGCAGUGAGUCAGAGGCUGAGGGCAGCAAAGAUGGGCUGGAUGACAGCAGCUCGUCAGAAGGCAGCACUAUAGACAUUAAGCCAGAGGUCGAGGAGGCUGUGGUGGUGGAGGCAGUAGAGGAGUACGUCGACCCAGAGCCAUGCUGGACUGAAGCUUGUGUUGCGCGCUACAAGUGCUGUGACGUGUCCAUCACUGAGGGCUGGGGAAAGAGCUGGUGGUACCUCCGCAAGACCUGCUAUCUCAUUGUGGAGCACAACUGGUUUGAAACGCUCAUCAUCUUCAUGAUUCUGCUGAGUAGUGGAGCCUUGGCUUUUGAAGAUGUAUACAUUGAGCAGAGGAAGACUAUUCGGAUCAUCUUGGAGUACGCUGACCGAGUGUUCACCUACAUCUUCAUCCUGGAGAUGCUGCUGAAAUGGGUGGCCUACGGUUUCGUGAAGUAUUUCACCAACGCCUGGUGCUGGCUGGACUUCUUCAUCGUGGAUGUGUCUAUAGUCAGCCUUAUAGCUAAUGCGCUGGGCUACUCCGAUCUAGGGCCCAUUAAAUCACUCAGGACACUCAGGGCCCUGAGACCACUCAGAGCAUUGUCCCGUUUUGAAGGGAUGAGGGUUGUAGUCAACGCCUUGGUGGGUGCCAUCCCUUCCAUUAUGAAUGUGUUGCUGGUUUGCCUCAUCUUUUGGCUGAUUUUCAGUAUCAUGGGCGUCAACCUGUUUGCGGGGAAGUACUACUACUGCUUCAAUGAAACUUCUGAGGAAUACUUUAAACCACACGAGGUGAACAACAGGACGCAGUGCAUCGAACUCAUCAAUUCGAACUACACUGAAGUGCGCUGGAAGAAUGUCAAGAUCAAUUUUGACAACGUGGGUGCCGGCUAUCUAGCUCUGCUCCAAGUGGCUACUUUCAAAGGUUGGAUGGACAUUAUGUAUGCAGCUGUUGAUUCACGAAAGGUGGAAGACCAGCCCUUGUAUGAGGACAACAUCUAUAUGUACCUUUACUUCGUCAUCUUUAUUAUUUUUGGCUCGUUUUUCACUCUCAACCUGUUUAUUGGUGUCAUCAUCGACAACUUCAACCAGCAAAAGAAAAAGUUUGGAGGUCAGGAUAUUUUCAUGACAGAAGAACAGAAGAAAUACUACAAUGCAAUGAAGAAACUUGGUUCAAAGAAACCACAAAAACCCAUACCUAGACCUCAGAACAAGAUCCAGGGAAUGGUGUUUGACUUUGUGACGCAGCAGGUCUUUGACAUCUCUAUCAUGAUUCUCAUCUGUCUGAACAUGGUAACCAUGAUGGUGGAAACAGAUGAUCAGUCACAGGAGACAGAAAAUAUACUGUACUGGGUGAACUUCAUCUUCAUUGUGGUCUUCACCUCUGAAUUUGUCCUCAAGCUCUUUGCCCUGCGUCAUUACUAUUUCACCAAUGGUUGGAAUAUCUUUGACUGUGUUGUGGUCAUUCUUUCUAUAGUCGGUAUGUUCCUAGCAGACUUGAUUGAGAAGUACUUUGUGUCACCAACACUGUUCAGGGUUAUUCGCUUGGCUCGAAUUGGUCGUAUCUUGCGUCUGAUCAAAGGCGCCAAAGGCAUCCGGACUUUACUGUUUGCCUUGAUGAUGUCACUGCCAGCUCUGUUCAACAUCGGCUUGCUGCUCUUCCUGGUCAUGUUCAUCUUCUCCAUCUUCGGCAUGUCUAACUUUGCCUAUGUCAAACGGGAAUCUGGAAUUGAUGACAUGUACAAUUUUGAGACCUUUGGAAACAGCAUGAUCAUUCUGUUUAUGAUCACCACCUCAGCAGGCUGGGAUGGCCUAUUGGCUCCCAUCCUCAACUACCCUCCAGACUGUGAUCCUGAGAAGGAGAACCCAGGUACCUCGGUAAAGGGCAACUGUGGCAAUCCUUCCGUGGGCAUUUUCUUCUUUGUCAUGUACAUCAUUGUGUCUUUUCUGAUCGUGGUAAAUAUGUACAUCGCCAUUAUCCUGGAAAACUUUAGCGUGGCGACAGAAGAGAGUGCUGAUCCGCUGUGCGAAGAUGACUUUGAGUCUUUCUAUGAGAUCUGGGAGAAGUUUGAUCCUACAGCUUCGCAGUUUAUCACAUUUGCAAAGCUCAGUGACUUUGCUGACACUCUCGAGCACCCCCUAAGGGUGCCUAAGCCCAACACGAUAGAACUCAUUGCCAUGGACCUGCCCAUGGUGAGUGGAGACCGAAUUCACUGCCUGGACAUCCUGUUUGCCUUUACCAAGCGUGUUCUGGGUGACAGUGGUGACCUGGACAUGAUGCGGCAGCAGAUGGAGGAGCGUUUCAUUGCCGCCAAUCCCUCCAAGGUAUCUUUUGAGCCCAUUACCACCACAUUGCGGCGCAAGCAGGAGCACAUGUCUGCUUCGGUCAUCCAGCGUGCUUACCGCGCCCACCUUGUACGCCGAGGCUUCAUUUGCAAGCGUCUUCUAAGCAGUGGCAAGCUGGAGAAUGGAGGGACCAACCAGGAGAAGAAGGAGGACACACCCUCCACUGCCUCACUGCCCUCCUACGACAGCGUGACCAAACCAGAGAAAGAAAAAAUGGAUGACAGCGAAAGCAAAGGCAAGAAUGGCAAAAACCAAAAAGACAUCAAGGAAUCAAAGUGUUAGAACUAUGCCAGUGGUUAUAGCCAAAACAAGACACAAUUGUGAUGAGACUCGAUCAGUUCUAACAAAUGUAAAGGAAAACCAUUUUCAAUGAAACCCAGAAAACGGAAAAAAAAGUUGUUUACAGACAUUACAGAUGCGCCAGUGCAGAGAAAGCAGCUUGGUUUCUUACCACUUUGAUUACGACCAAAUCAAACCCUAAUGAGCUUACUGUUUGGCAUCUGUAUUCAGCGACCAAGAUUUUACAGCUUGACAAAGCAACUAAAAACACGAUGAAAGAACCAUGGCAGAUAUCUACGUUAGGGACCACCACCCAUAGAACAUACACCACCCCGUGUGGAGGUUAGCAUUCCUCUGCUACAGAUUUGCCCCUUAUAAACACUGCCGAAAUCCAGCGGGAAAUCCCCCACUCGGUCCAGGAAAGUUUCUGGAACAUUGUCCUUUGACCAGAAAAAGAACAGAUUACAGUAGAGUGGACUGAAAUGAGAGGGGAAACUGAGGAAAAUGACAAACCAGAAAAUUAUGCAAGGGUUAUGUGAGAUGAAUAUAUGUGCAUCUUAUCGAGAAACAAAAAUGAAGGUAAAAAAAGAAACAUUUGGCCCAUGUCGCUAGUCUUUUCAUCAUCUCUUUGUUAUACUUGCAUUAAAAAAAGACAUUUUAUACAUAGACUUCCACACUGCAAAUUGGGUUGGGCUCGUUAAUCAGGGUUUUGACUUGGGCUGUAAGGGACUUGCUCAGACUGAGUUCCAGAUAAAUAAGUAACUAAUUGUGCUCGUGCAUAGAAAUGACUUGCAUGGUGGCAUGUUUUGAUCAGAAAUCAUGCAUGUAUAAUCAUAGUCCACUUGACACUUCUACUCUGACCACAAAUGUGGCUUGACCAUACGUUCGAGGCUGUCCACAGGUAAAUAUUUCAAUAGAAAUGACUGGAAAGGGGAAAUUGGUAAUACUCAAAAAUUGUUCUUAAUUGUUCUGGUUGUACUUACCCCACGAUAAACAUUGCUUUGUAACUAACCAACUUUCAGAUCAUGCAAAAUCCAUAUAGUUAGAGUCAGUGGAUUAUCAAAAGCAGUUUUUUAUUCUAUAUACAUUGUGGCACACUUGAAGCAGGUCCACUUUGUAGGUCUACUUACAGACUUUCACUGCCCCAGACUUUAGGAACUUGUGGUUAGGUUUCUAUUCAAAUCAAAGUCUUGGGCAAAUAAACCUGGGUUUAUUUUCAUUUCGCACCAGCAAUAUGAUUUGGCCCUUAAUUUCCAGGCUUGUAACAUGCAAUCAAGGGUCUAUGAAGGUUGCAGCAAGCCACCAUGCCAUCUGUAAUCUCUUACAAUACUUUGUCAGUCGGGACCAGACCUCUCUUGGAGGUGACCUCUUUAACAUACUUUUUUUUUUUUUUUUUAAAUGUUGUCUCAGUCUAUUUGUUUUAAAGGUAAUGCAUAAUCAUGGUGACCAUAUCAGGGGUUGUGUAUUUUGUUAGAUGUGUGUUUUGUCUUGGAGACAUUAGGAAGAGCAGUAGGGUAGCUAUUAGGAAUGCAUCUACUGGGUGGCUUUCUGACUGUUGAAUAAUAGAGUAAAUAUUGACAGUAUAAAAUGUGUAGUAUGGGGCAUAUGCAGAGUGGAUGUUAUACAAUGAAGCUCUGCUCUGAGAAUGACAUGAUAAAAGGAAUAAUCCAGGUUAUGGUGAAGAAUGCUUGUGACAGUGAAUAUUAUGCAAUUAUGGAAAGUUCAUCUGUUUUUUAAAUACUAUUUGUCUAUAUGGGAAAAUUGUCUAUAUGGCACCGUGAAAACUAUGUCUGCAACCUCUUGAGCAAACUGCCAUCCACUUUUGCUCUGAAUGUGAAAUGUUUUUAAAGCUUGGAAAAGAACAAAAUGUCAUUCUUCCAAAUGUCUUUUAUUUAUUCUUUGUUUCUACUCAUUAUGCCAUGGGCUAUUUGAAUGUCUUACUGUAAGAAUUACAGGGAACCAGAGAAGAUGAUUUACAAAUAGGAACAACCAAGAUCAGUCAUCACUCUUUUCUCACAGAGGAAAAGUUGAAAUGACAAUUUUUUUAUUGUUCUAACUCGCUCUUACCUGCCAAGCUCUUCUCUGCCCUCAUUAGCCCAUACACAUAGAAGGUGAAAGGUGAUGAUGACCCCGAAUCACUGAAGGCACUAGAAUCCACACCAUCAGAGCCUGAGUGUGUGUGUAUUUAGUGUUUACAGCCCAGCUCCCUCUCCCUAUCAGACCUGUUUGUUGGUCUGUCGACUGCCUGAGAUCUCCUGAGUGGGAACUGUGGACUCCAAUCCAAAUCGGUGCCCAGUGAAAAGCAUAGGCGACCAUGCAGUUUCUCCUGACACACCCCUUUCUCCUCGAAUGCGAUUGUACCGUGUUGUAAAAUCACACUUACACACUGUAUGACGUGUUAAUGUAUGGUUCAGUGGGAGCUAUGAUGUCCAUGGCACAAUUGCUGAAAAGUAAAGACUACACUUAACACUUGAGAGAGACGACAAGUAUUGUAAUAUAUGCUUUUCUUUUAACCGGCAUGCUUUGUUGUGGUUUUUGUAAAUACAGAAUUUUACAGAUUAAACGACUACUAUUAAUCGGUUAAUGAAUUAUAACAAUAACAAUAAUACAUGAAUGGCUUCCAGCUAAUGCCCUUGUCAAAUUUGUUACUUUCCUUUUUUUUUUUUUAAUUGAUCACUUCAAAUUGUCGGGGGAAUAACUGAAUGAUCUAUUGUACCAAGGAUACUAUAUUAGACAAACUAUAUAAAUAUAUAUGAAUAUACGUAAUAUAUGUAUAUGUAUGAGAGCAUAUAUAAAAGAGCACUGUCAGAUUUUUGUUUAUAUAUGCAACAUGUCCAGUGGAUGUCAAUUUUUUUGUGUUUGGGGAACAAAUUCACACACAGUUUUUAUUGGAGCUGCUUGGAACUUAAUACUGUAUGAUGAUUACGAUUACACUACCAGCACACCUUUGUGAAUCCCGAGUCCUGUCUAACGGCCACACACAGUGCGUGUACGCUCCGUCCGACCUUCGGCCAGCGUUCACCCACUGAGUCCGAAGAACUCAACAGUCACUGAGAUGCUGAUGUCCCCUGUUUCUUUUAGUGCUGUAACCCCCGGAUCAGUACACUGGCUGUAAUAUCUUUCAAAUCAUUUGUUUGUUCUUCUUCAGUUCCUGUGAUUUGUUUCUAGUGCUACUUCACAAAUUAUGUGUGCCUUUUUCCAUGUUUCUGCAAUUUCUGAAAUGCAUUUUUUUCCGGAGGAUGGUGCCAUACCAAACGACCUGCGGAGGGGAAAGAGAUGGGAAAUGAAAAUGGAGCACAAUGCAAAUCAGGGACUUUAGUGUGUACAAGGUGUCUGACAUACUGCCAGAGGAAUACCUACACAAAACAAGGGGAAAACAAUCCACUAGAUUUGAUGUUACAAUGAUAUUUCUGUGCUUUGUGUAUCAUCCAUUUGGCUUGUGACAAAAAAAAUUGCUUGCCUUCUGAUUUUUUUUUCUUUCCCCCAUCUGAACUCACUUUUGUAUCAGUAAUCGGUUACUGGCCAAUUUCAUUUUGAGCAUGAUAGAAAUGCUUUUCCAUUUUGCUGAAAAAUAAGUGCUUUUCAAACCGUUGUUAUUGUUUGACACAGUGUUGUAGGAGGACAUGUUAUGGUGUGUGUGGCACAACCACUUGGACUCUUAGUACAAACAUAUAAAAUUGUCUUCAUUUGAGCACGAACCUUUUUAUUAACAAUAAAGCAGCCUUCCAGUUAUAAAAUGUGUCAACUGCUUUUAUUGAGGAAUAAAAAAAUAACAGGCUGUUGACCGGCUAUCCAUCAGCGUCCAUUUGAAUGCAUGUUAUAGCUAAUCAUUUCUAUAGAGUACUAUAAUUACCAGCCACAUUGCAUCACCUCUCUCAAAAGCACUGCUAUUGAGCUGAACCUUCAACAUGGUAUUAAUACAUGGCCAGCACAUUGCCUUCAUUUUGGGUAGUGUGUUCUUCUACACUCAUGUGUGUGUCUGUAUAAUGAGCCAUCUUCCCAUGAGCCUGAGAGUGAGAAUGGAUUUUGACAGUGUCAUGAAAAUUUGCUGGACUCUGCACAUCGCUCCACUAAGUCAUGUUUUUGCAGGCAGAUCAAUACAAAGCCAUUAGCUGUGUGGUGAGGUAUCCACGUCCCCACUGUAACUGCCUCACCUCAGAAGCCCCAUGGGAAUUUGAUCUAAGCUCCUUGCUCUUAGAGUGAUUGAUCUGCACUUCUCCAGCAUAGUGUUGGGGAAAUGUGUCACAGGAAUUAUCUUCGAAAAGGGAGGAAAAUGCAUCUACACAGUACAGUGCUGGAGCUUCUCUUGGCCUCUCCUUUACCACAUCCUUGUUGACAAGUCACAUGCUUUCCCCUCAUGUUUACUCUCCAGCUCUGCCUUUCCUUCUCGAAAAAUCUCAGACCUUAUGCUGCUGAUUUCCCUGCCUUUUUUAAUUUUUUUUUUAAAAAUCCACUCAUGAAAUUAUGCUUUGGUGUAGAUCUCCAAAUGUCUGUGUCCAUCCCCCCUCUUCUGUGUGCUUGGUGUGUGCACGUGUGGUAAAAGCGAGAGAGAGAGGAAAAGGGAGUGGGAGGGAGGCAGGGUGCGGCGAAGCACUGCAGUGCAGAUAAACGAAUGCGCCAUUAGUGGCUGAGUCAGCAGCCUACUCCCAGCUCGGCCCCCCGCCUGCACCAACCUGCGCCUCAAUGCACUUUACACACAUGCACCAUACACACACACACAAGCAAUA